CGACAUCGCGCCCCUGCACUCCAGCCUGGCAAUAGAGCAAGACUCUGUCUCAAAAAAUAUAUACAUAUAAAAUUGUGCUAGUGAAGAUAGUUUUUCAAACUACAUAUAGACACAACCCACUGUUCCUUGGAGUCUCUUAUUCUAGUGGGACAUCUCCUAAUUGAUAGCCAUUGUCUGGUGGUACUUUUUCAAAGAUGUAUGACCUUCCUUCUCACUGUGUGAUCUUUCUGUCUCUAGGACCGCCUAUGGCUGCGGUAGCAGUGAGAGAAGCUCUCAGAAGGUGCACAUUCCUCCUUGUUCAUUUUUAAGCGGCUUCCAAAGCUGCUGUUGAUGAUGCCUGACGCUGCUUUGAAGGCAGAAAACCAACAGUGAGAUCAAGAAUUGUUCUCUAAUGAUCUUGCUUCACCAUGGCUACAAAUAUGGAGGGGCUGGUUCAGCACAGAGUGGGGACCCAGCAGGUGGCUGAGGUAACACGUACACAGACCUCUCGGCCGGAAUCUCCAGGGAUGACCAGCCCCUCCCCACGCAUCCAGAUAAUCUCCACCGACUCUGCUGUAGCCUCACCUCAGCGCAUUCAGGGCUCUGAACCUGCCUCUGGCCCAUUGAGUGUUUUCACCUCUUUGAACAAAGAGAAGAUUGUCACAGACCAGCAGACAGGACAGAAGAUCCAGAUAGUCACCGCAGUGGACGCCUCCGGAUCCCCUAAACAGCAGUUCAUCCUGACCAGCCCAGAUGGAGCUGGAACUGGGAAGGUGAUCCUGGCUUCCCCAGAGACAUCCAGCGCCAAGCAACUCAUAUUUACCACCUCAGACAACCUCGUCCCUGGCAGGAUCCAGAUUGUCACGGAUUCUGCCUCUGUGGAGCGUUUACUGGGGAAGACGGACGUCCAGCGGCCCCAGGUGGUAGAGUACUGUGUGGUCUGUGGCGACAAAGCCUCCGGCCGUCACUAUGGGGCUGUCAGUUGUGAAGGUUGCAAAGGUUUCUUCAAAAGGAGCGUGAGGAAAAAUUUGACCUACAGCUGUCGGAGCAACCAAGACUGCAUCAUCAAUAAACAUCACCGGAACCGCUGUCAGUUUUGCCGGCUGAAAAAAUGCUUAGAGAUGGGCAUGAAAAUGGAAUCCGUACAGAGUGAACGGAAGCCCUUUGAUGUGCAACGGGAGAAACCAAGCAAUUGUGCUGCUUCAACUGAGAAAAUCUAUAUCCGGAAAGACCUGAGAAGUCCCCUGAUAGCCACUCCCACGUUUGUGGCAGACAAAGACGGAGCGAGACAAACAGGUCUUCUUGAUCCAGGAAUGCUUGUGAACAUCCAGCAGCCUUUGAUACGUGAGGAUGGUACAGUUCUUCUGGCCACGGAUUCCAAGGCUGAAACAAGCCAGGGAGCUCUGGGCACACUGGCAAAUGUAGUGACCUCGCUUGCCAACCUAAGUGAAUCUUUGAACAACGGUGACACUUCAGAAAUCCAACCAGAGGACCAGUCUGCAAGUGAGAUUACUCGGGCAUUUGAUACCUUAGCUAAAGCACUUAAUACCACAGACAGCUCCUCCUCUCCAAGCCUGGCAGAUGGGAUAGACACCAGUGGAGGAGGAAGCAUCCACGUCAUCAGCCGAGACCAGUCGACACCCAUCAUUGAGGUUGAAGGCCCCCUCCUUUCAGACACACACGUCACAUUUAAGCUAACAAUGCCCAGCCCAAUGCCAGAGUACCUCAACGUGCACUACAUCUGUGAGUCUGCAUCCCGUCUGCUUUUCCUCUCAAUGCACUGGGCUCGGUCAAUCCCAGCCUUUCAGGCACUUGGGCAGGACUGCAACACCAGCCUGGUGCGGGCCUGCUGGAAUGAGCUCUUCACCCUCGGCCUGGCCCAGUGUGCCCAGGUCAUGAGUCUCUCCACCAUCCUGGCUGCCAUCGUCAACCACCUGCAGAACAGCAUCCAGGAAGAUAAACUUUCUGGUGACCGGAUAAAGCAAGUCAUGGAGCACAUCUGGAAGCUGCAGGAGUUCUGUAACAGCAUGGCGAAGCUGGAUAUAGAUGGCUAUGAGUAUGCAUACCUUAAAGCUAUAGUUCUCUUUAGCCCCGAUCAUCCAGGUUUGACCAGCACAAGCCAGAUUGAAAAAUUCCAAGAAAAGGCACAGAUGGAGUUGCAGGACUAUGUUCAGAAAACCUACUCGGAAGACACCUACCGAUUGGCCCGGAUCCUCGUUCGCCUGCCGGCACUCAGGCUGAUGAGCUCCAACAUAACAGAAGAACUUUUUUUUACUGGCCUCAUUGGCAAUGUUUCGAUAGACAGCAUAAUCCCCUACAUCCUCAAGAUGGAGACAGCAGAGUAUAAUGGCCAGAUCACCGGAGCCAGUCUAUAGUACACACCACACAUCUGCCAAGGAGCAACAGAAUCCUACCGGGACCGUUCACAUACAAAGAAAAGAAAAGUAGUGGUAUUUUGGUAUGUGCAAAUAUUUCCAUAUGUUAGCCGUUUCCUGUCUGGUUUCUUCUUAUCUGUUAAUCCCAGACAAUGGCAAUGAAAAGACUAGUAGGAUCCUUUCCUGACAUAAAAAAUGUUUUAAUGCCUUUUGAUGAAGCAGCAGAUUUUGGAGCAAUCUUUUAACUCAAUUUGUAUUUAGAAAUUCUCAAAGGGCAAAAAACAAAAAAAAAAAAGGUUUUAUAACGUCAGAGACUAGUAUUAAAGAAAACUGAAAGAACCUAAGAGAAUAGUAUGUGUGUAUAUAUAUAUAUAAAAAAUGUCCUUGGAAUUAUAGAUACUAAUUACCAGGGUAAUAAUAUUAGCACUUUCUAAGCACUUAUCAAUGUGUAAUGUUAGCAACAUCUUGCCUGUGGGCAGGGCAAAUGGAAAACUGUAUAUGUCUUUUGCCGAAAUGCUAAUGGUUUCUGUGAAAAUUCACUAGGGUACAGGAGACAAUCAUUUAUGUUUAAGAAAAGAAGGCAUCAUUCCUAAUUGUGUGCACAUGUUGUGGAGUUGAGCUGAAUUCUGUGAAUGGAAACGUGGCUCAUUUGCAUCAUGCAGUAAGUGGGAGUGUGGUAGCACAGUCGGUGGUGACCCAGUCCAGAAGCUUCUAGCCAUAGAGCAGACACUUGUCAGGUUCCCUGACUACUUGGUCCUGGUCUCUGAUGGGCAUCUGCAGACUCCUCUAGAACCUGGGGUUCUCCUCUGAUGACUGGUUAUCUGAAUUGGAUUGCAACUAGUCAGACAUUAACUGCCAAAUGAGAUAUACAAUUCCUCCAGCAAGUGAAAACAUCCCCAGGUCACAUCCACUGCUCGUGGCAGAUGGAGCCUUGUGACCAAAAAGCGCAAGGUGGGCAUUUUGAGCCCUUGACAGUACUUCUAAUACAAUUGGGGGUGCUUGCGUGUUUGUCCAGAUGGAGGAGUGUGGCCUUGGAGUGUGAGGGUUACCUUCCCAGGGCUUUCCACUCCAAAUGCCCCCUUGAAAAGGACUUGUGUUUCUGCAGCUCCAUCAGAACUGUGGGGCUGGCCAGAGUGGUCAGGGCCUGGUAAAGCUGGAUGGAAGGUUUCAGGACAGUUUCUUCCUGUUGACCUUAAAUACCAGAGAUUUUUAAAAUGUGUGUAGACUUGGCAUCUCUGCUGGCAAGUCUGUUAAUGUUCCCAGCACUCUGCACUUUGGUUCCCCCAGGUGUGUGCCUGCCGACUACCCUGGAGCAUUUUAAAUGCAGACUGCUUGUUCCUUAAAAACAACCUUUAAUUUCCACAGUGAUCGUCUUUCUCCUCAUAAAUUAUAGCAACCAGAGUUUAUAGCAAGAACAGAAUACGUGCUUAAAAGGCAGUUAUGUCUAACUGCAAACACCCAUAAAUUCCCAUGGAUGUGAAUGUAUAGCAAGCUUUUCCUGUUUGAGAAAAGUGGCAUGUGGAAGACCAGGUCAAUUGCUUUGUCUUUUCUUUUUAAAUAGUCCAGAUUAAGAAAAUAUACCCUGUUGGGUUAAAUUUGCCCCUCUUGAUUUGUUAAUCAGAUGAUAUCCAAAAAGAUCCCUGGACACUCCCCUGCCUCACAGGGGCUCUGAUCUGGCUGAGGCUGGUGCCACACAUGUGCUCCACAGGGGUGCAGUCUAACCAGCUACAGAUGCCCCUGUGGAGCUACACUGGACAGAAUGGAAGCUGCCGCAGGCUCAAGGCAGAACAGGAUGCUUGAUCCUGAAGGGUUAGCAGCACUUUAUGCAAGUCAUUGUUAGUAGGGUAAGUGAGAACAGUGUCUCCAACUUCUAAAUUCUUAUUUGGAUUUAAUUAUAUCAUUUUAUAAUUCUUGCCGUGGCAACAAAUUCUGGGGAGUAGUGGGGGUGGCCAUUAUAAAAUGAUGGGAAGGAUUUAAUUUUGCCAGCUUAAAGUAAUUUUUUACUUUUCUAACCCUGAUGUUUUCAGUUUCAAAAUUAAGACAAAAAACCAGCUGAGACAAUGGAAUUAGGGCAGGUUUGUUUCAUUUCUUGUUUGUGAAGGAUUUUAGUAGCAGGCAUUCUGAAGCUCAGCCGUGCCUCUAACACAGAUUGUUGCCUGCCUUCCGUCAUUUUGAUUCUUGAGAGUGACCAUGAGGGCCAUGUUGCAGUUCCCUGGGAAUACAAGCAUAAUAGCUUUCAGAUCCCAGUUCUUGGUGUUGGUGAAAAGGUCUCCACCAGCCCCUCCUCUCAUUCCCAGGUCAUUCAGUGGCAGCCAGUAGGCCUCUUAGACUCACGUUGGAUGAGGAAGUGUUGGGCUCUGGUGCAAUAGCCUUGCAGAAAACAUGAUUUUGCUUGGAAAGGUGCUGAUUCUAACCUGGGCCUGCUCUUUCAGUCCCUUUGCUGGUGAUGGCUGAUUCCAGGGACUGUUUUGGCUUUGAACACCUCUUGGUUGGUUUCAGAGAUCCUCUUGGCUUUACUUUGAAGUGGCCUUUUCUUUAAGGAUCAUGUCCGCAUAACCUGAAUUCUUGUUGCUUGAACUCAUUUCAAGCCUUUGACUGCAGGUCCAUUUCAUCUCCCAUCAGGUUGGUUAAGGAAAGUCAGCCCAAAGUCAAGAAUUACUUAAAGAGAUGCAAACCAAAUAUUUGGGCUCCAGCUUUCACAGGGCUUAUAGCCCUUGUUAGCAGUUUGUGAAACUUUGGGUUUCAUGAAGUGAGACCUGUCCUCUGGCUGCUGAACUCCACGGAGCCAUGUCAUGCUCCCUCUUCUACUGGCCUGGUCGCUCCUCCCUCAGUGAGGAGAGGUAGCUGGCUCAGAGAGGUGGGACAGACACAUGCUGUCACCUCAAGUUACUCCUGGAAGGUGUUUUUAAGGAAGUAUGUUACCUACCAUACUCUCCUAAUUUGACAUUUCUAUGUGUGUCCUGAGGGGUUACAUUAUUUAUUGUCUAAUCCUUGCCAUAAGGCUGUGGUUUGAGGUUCUUUUGCUGUUCUGGGCUUUAUAUUUAAUUUCAGGUGUAGUCACUUCUAAGAUGUGUAAUUGCCCUCAAGAGGGACUGAUUUUUAGCUUGUCAUUGUCAGUAUUGAAUGUGGACUCUUCUGAGGCAGUUAGGACACCAGCCAUGGUGGUAACAGUGGAUGCGUUUGGCUCCCUAAUCUCAAGGCAAUAUCCACGCUACACACGUAUUUAGCUGUCUGUCUUGUUUGGGGGAUAGUUACGGCAAGGAACAAAAAGUUCUAAGGACUCUAGCUAUUUCUAGUGCUUUUACUUUCAUAGUCCUUUGAGGAUAUUUCCUGCAGAGCACUCUUGCUCACAGCCCGCCCUCUGCAGGGCUUCCAGCCCCUGGCCACAAUCAGUAGUUCAUGCCAUGUCUGUACAUCCAUGUUCUGGAACCUGAUCUCAUUGGAGUCCGGAAGUUUGUUGCCCACUUUCUAGUGUAAAUGACUUUACGUGCAAUGGGGUCAUUGGUAACAUUUUAACUCUUCUCUUAGUCCAGGUCAUGGAAAGUCUCAUCAUCUGAUAGCCACUUUUCUCCCAGGGAGGGCAGUGCCCACUAGGCCCUGGGAAUGCCUGAGCCAGCAGAGCAGACGCCCCACGUGCUUCCUUUAUCCAGCUUCCAUUCUCUCGGUUAUGUGGCUCUUUGAAAAUGUCUUAACUUUGAUGUAAAUUUUUAAAGCCAGCCUCUCAUCAAGACAGGGUUGGUUUGGGUCUUUUGUACGCAGGGUUUGGACCUUCUCAUUGUGUGCCUCCCACCAGCGUGCACUUCGCAUGUCCGGCCCUGGGUCCCUUCAGCAGCGUCGUGCGUGUACAGGUUUUUAGGCUGUAAGACUGAAUGAAUGUACAUGUGUUUAUAUCCUCUCUCUAUGUACAGUGUAUAUAGUGUGUGUAUGUGUACAUAGAUGUAUAUUAUGUAUACAGACAUGUAUCCAGACUUUCCUUAUGUUCUAAAGAGAGUUUUUGAUAAAGUUGCUAAUGUAAACUAAUGUGGGUGUUGCAAGGUCCCUCAGCAGGGAAGAUUUGCUGGUGAUUUUCUUCACUCCAUUUUCCUUUGGGUGAGCCUGCCUGGGAAGGGCCAUGAAGUCAGAAUCUCCACUCUGCAAAAGGAAGAAUUCCAGGCAGAAGAGGUUCUGACAGGGUGACAUUUCCCUGUAUUCUCCAGGUUCAGACAAGAGCCAGGAAGCUGGAAGACAGUUUUAAUAUCUAAAACUACGUGGGAAUUUUUAACCUUUUCGUGCACCUGUUCAUGGCACUACCUGGAAGGGACUUGGCAGUUGGGUUGAGCCGUCAGCCUUCCCAGCUAUUCAGCUCUGUUGAGUAGCCCAGAGACAGGCGUCACGGUCAGAGAUUCAGAACGGUCUGUGUCAGUGAGGCCUGACUCCCAAAGAUGGUAAUAAUUUCCCAGGCUUGCUCUGUGCUCAGUCAGCAAGAUUUGGGGCACUGUCCUGUGACUGAACAAAUAGUAAUUUCCAUCUCUCUAUCCCCAGUUAAAAGUAAACAACCUACCAAGUAUUAUUCUUUAAAACUAAGCAUGGAUGUUGAUGGCUAACUUUUGCGGCAUAUAAGCUACAAAUAGCAAGUUACUUCUCUUAACAGUAAGCAUGUGAAUGAAAUCCACAGACUUUAACUCGUUUCUAUAAAUUAUGAUUUUAAAUUUUCAGAUAAGAAUUGCAUUUUAUUAUGGAUGUAUGUGCCCUUAAAAGCUACAGAUACCAAAUUUUCCUUGUCCAGGUCUAUUCGGAUGAAUUUUCCCCCUUAAUCUGGCCUUAAACUGAAACUCAGCCCUCGAGAGCCAGGGCCUGGCCCAGCAGUAGUUGCUCAUAGAACUGGGAAGCAGGGGCCUGCUGGAAAGAAUCACUGGAUCGCUGCAAAAACUCACAUAAUCCACAGGUUACUCUUUUUCUUUUUAAAAUAAGUUAUCAAAAUGUUUUAAAAACACUUUAUGAGACCAUAGUACUCAGUGCCUUUUGUGAGAUGGUGGGUCAUUUAGCUUUCAGCUUCCCUGUUUUUGAUGUAGAGAAAGCUUCUAUUUCACUGGCCUCAUCCCACAAGAUUGUGCGACCUUUCCCUGUUACAGCCUGUCGUGACAAUCACGCUAUUGAAAGUGGCUUUCUAGUUAAAAUGCAAUUGGAAACUUGACAGUCUCUAAAUGAAUUAAAAUAAAAAGUUUCCUUUGGGGCUAUUUAUCUUAACAGCAGUCUAAAAACAAAGUGUGAGCUUAAGAAAAGUAUCUUUGGGGGGAGAAAAAUGUCAGAUUUUUUAAUGCCCAGCUAUAAAUAAUUUUGGCGUCUUGAUAUUUAUACAUGCAAAAUAGAAAAAAAUGUUCAACAUUUAUUGAUUGAUAGACUGUUAAAAUUUAAUGUUUGGAAUAACAUUUGGAAGUAGUAGACUUUGCAUUAAAAAAUGGCUUUUCUUUAGGAAAGUAUAAUCAGUUAUUUUAACGACCAUAGCAUUCAUGGACUCAAAUGCUGCUGCCACACACAACUCAAGUGCUGGAAUAUUUUUCUACAGUCUCUCUGUUCUACGGAUUGUCUUAUAAACCAGUGUUCAACUAGUUUUAUAACUGAAAAGCUGCACAUUUUUCACAGUACAAGCCGUAGUUUUUACCUGUAGUUUGGACUUCUCUGUUAGAAUGCAACUGCAUUACCAGCCCUUUUAAAGGCAUCUUAUCUAUCAAAGGAAAAUUUGGGUGUUAGAUUUUCUUGGGACCGUUUCUGUAACCUUUGCCCUUCACAAUAUAGAAAAUAUUGGUUUUGCCAUUACAUUUUAAUGCCAGGUUUAAAACCUGUUGAAAGCUGUAGCUUUAUACAGCUUUCUUCUCCCUGUGAAAUCACUUUGUUUAUGUGAUGGCAUUUAAAAAAUAGCAUGUUCUUUUUAAACUGAAUUUUAUAUCUAAUCAAUGUCUUCAGUCUUGAAGAAGAAUUUGCAUUGUUGUGUUUGUAUAUAGAGUAUUGCAGUGCAUGAAUUAGCUUUAUGCAUUUUAUUAAAUGCUAUUUCAAUGUGGCAUUAUUGUUGUGGCUUAAUACUACUACCUAAAUGAGGUUUAUACUAUUAAAAGUGAAUUAAAGACUAA